AUGGCGACGCGAAAUGUGAGCGGUUCACAGGUGCGGCAGAGCAUGGCCACUAGUGGAAGUGCUGUCAAGACACGACAACUCGCACAACUAAAUUCUCAACUCGCACAGUUGUCAUCAAAUCUGUCCGACACCGAGAACUUGCUACGGAUGACAAGUGUCCAAGCAGAAGCUAUGCGUGGACUUGGUAGUUGGCAUGGAGGUUUGUUCAUGGCAGCAAGCAAGGUCUUGGGCGAGGAAAGUGUCAAAGAGGCUGGGCAGCCAGGAAAAUAG